CUUUCAAUGAAUUUUAGAUUUUUUUUUCUUUUAUGAAUUACAACUGAAUCAAAGUUAAAUCAUAUAAUGUGAUAUUUAUUGCUAAAAUUAGCAGAAAACAUCUCUAAAUUUAUAAUCAUAUAUGAUUAUUUGCUAUUCUGUCUCUUGCUCCCAUUGUGUUUAGGCUAAUUAAUAUCUCGAUACAUUGACAUUAAUUGAUCUAAAUCUAAACCCUAAGUAACAUGAAAAGUUAAAGAUCUUGAUCAAUCUUAGUGUAAUAAAAAAUGGAAAAUACCACUAGAUCUCCUCAGAAUCCAAAACACAAUCCAACUGAUCCUGUUUUUGGGUGUUUAUAAGUUGAUGAAUCUUGUCUUUAUCAAUGUCUUCUCCUUUUAAAUAGAGACUGCAACGAGUUUUUGAGAUUCCAUCACAAACAUAUUUGCUUAGAAGUCUAUAAUAUUUUCUUAGAAGUUUUUGAGAUGGCCGGUGAAGUUCCAAAUUUGGAAGCGUCGAAGUUAACAGCUUUGGUCGUCGAUGACAACUUCGUAAACCAAAGCGUCCAUCAUAAACUUUUGGACCGUCUCGGGAUUAAAAACGACGUCGUAUCUAACGGCCAAGAAGCCGUUGACGUUCAUUGUUCCGGCAGAAACUAUGAUCUCAUCCUCAUGGACAUGGAUAUGCCCAUCAUGAAUGGUAUUCAGGCGACAAGGAGACUAAGAGAGAUGGGGAUAGAGAGCAAGAUAGCAGGAGUAACAACUAGAGCUGAGGAAGAAGAGGUGAAAGAGUUUAUGGAAGCUGGACUUAAUGACUUUCAAGAGAAACCUCUCACCAUCUCUAAACUUGUCUCUAUUCUUCAUAAUCUUGAGUUCUACGUCCAAACCUAGUUAAUAAUAUCUAUUUCUUAACCUUCACUUUAUAACAUACUUAUUGUUUUGAAUAUCCAUAGUUUCAAAUAGUAAUUGCCAAAGCCGAUAAAGUUUUCGAGCAAGUCAAGCUUGAAUUUACAUAAUACUUUUUUUGAGGUUUAUGAUUAAAAAUA